UGGUACAGUCACAAAUGUGUAGGGUCCUUUGCUUCCCCCUGCUGACACCCUGCAACGGCACAGGGUGGGCUGUGGCUCCAGCCAGCCGUGGGAGUGGGGAAACUAAUGAGGAUGGGCUUUGUUGGCAAGAGCUCUGUCAUCCCGCAGCUCCCCCGGUGCUGCUGCCGAGAGGUGUGUGAGCGGGCGGACAGGAGCAAUAAAAGCAGCUGAGUCCCCCCUGCACCUCAUCACCUGCGUGCCAAGCACAGCUCUGGGGUCCCACUGGAGAGGACGCGCCCAGACGGCUCUCUCUGAAGGCUGGAUUUUGUGGUUCCUCUGCCUAGUCUCCCAGACACACAGGUGAACGGAUUUGGCACCCCUGGCACUCUCAGAUACCCGAAAAGGCUCUUCACAAUGACUGCUGGCCUGGAGAAAGUCUGCCACCGGUGCAUAUCGAAAAUUGCCAGCAAUGCAUGCUUUAUAUUUGCGCUCCUUGCUUUCCUUGCCUUACCACUGUCCAUGACUUUUAUAGGAAUGAAGUUUUUGGAAGAUUGCCCAGUUCAGCCACUAAUUCCAUUAUAUCUGUUGGUGGGUGGCGUGAUUGGCAGCUUAAAGGUGACCCUCCUGCUGUACGACUCAACCAGGAUGAGGCAGCUGCUUUCCAAGUCUGUUGUGAUUGAUGACGAUGACGAUGAUGAAUAUCCCUGGAGGCAGAAUGCUCACAAGUACUACAUCCAUCUAACCCUCAGCCUUUUCCUCUUUGUUUGGUUCAUUCUUGGGAACUACUGGGUUUUUUCUGUGUACCUGCCAAACUUCAUCCCCCCUUUCCAUCAGCCGCAAGAUUACUGUGACAAAACCCUGUACAUUUUUGCUGUUGGUGUUCUCAUCAUUAGCCAUACUGUUCUAUUUCUCCUUAUCUUUUGUAGCUGCUGCAUAUAUUGUUUUUCCAGGCAAAGAUACUCUUCUGAGGAAGACUAAAUGCCGCACAAGUAAAGCCCCAGAUGUUCAAGAAAGAGAGUAUAACAAAGAAUAGGCAAUAAUUCACCCUUGUGUACAUCUUUGUUGUACUAUAUAUAUGUACGAUAGCAGUCAACUGCAAGAGGAAAUUGUAAAAUACCAUGCCAUCUGGGAAAAGCUAUGCUGGAAUUCAGCAUAGUCAAUGUAAAAUUGCUGCUAUGAAUGGCAGGGUGCACUCCUGCUGACUUCUACAUCCCUUUUUUAACUCUUGGAUAGUC